UCUUUUUCGAAAUGAGGUACCACCACUCAACGUGUCUCUUACGUACGUACGUGCGUACGUAGUCCGUGCGGCAGCACGCCCUCGUAUGUCACGAGGAACCGCCCAUGCUACUCCGCAAUCCUCCAAAGUCCCGACCCGCCACUUGCUUUUUGGGGCCUAUAAAUACUCCAUCCUACUCUGCGCUUCUCCUCAGAAAAACACAGGCAUUAAUUUCCCACUGCUUAGAAAUUACUACUCUACAGAAAGCCAUGGCGACUUCUUCCGCUUUGCUCUGCAGCUCUCUCUGCCUCCUCUUCUUGUUCCGCGGGUCCUUAGCCCAGUUUGGAUUCGGGUUCGGCCAAAGCCAGGGAAUGAGCCCCUGGCAGAGCCCCCGCCGGUUCGGCGGCUGGGGCGGCCAGUGUCGAUUGGAUAGGCUGGACGUCAUGGAGCCCACGCGCCGAAUGCAGUUUGAAGCCGGCCGCAUUGAGUACUUUGAUGAGACCAGCGAGCAGCUCCGGUGCGCCGGCCUGUUCGCAAAGCGCAUUAUCAUGGAGCCCAGAGGCCUCCUCCAGCCUUCCUAUGCUAACGCCCCUAGCCUUCUCUACAUCAUCCAAGGCCCGCCGACUGCACUUAUCCCUAGCUGUCCAUCCGUCUGUCUGUCUGUUUGUUUGUCUGUAUGCAUGCCUCUUAACUACUAUAUAUAUAUUUGA